AUGCGCAGCUCAGCUCUUCUCCUCGCCUCCGUGGCAUGCUCCACUGCGGCCGCCGAGACCGUCCUCGGUGUCUACCUCUUCUCCAGACAUGGAGAUAGGACUGCAAAGGCGACACCACCAACUGUUCUCACAGACCUUGGCUAUGAGGAAGUCUUCACCUCGGGCACCUACUAUCGCAACCGCUACGUCGCCAGUGAUGGCAGCCGUCGGAUCUUCGGCCUCCAGCCCGACACGGUCAAGCUGUCUCAGAUCACCGCAUCAGCGCCUCUCGACAAUGUCCUCAUGCCAUCCGCCAUGGGUUUCCUCCAAGGCCUCUACCCACCGGUCGGCGCGACGUUGGGCAGCCAGACACUUCGCAAUGGCACUGUCGUGCAGACACCUUUGAACGGCUACCAACUGAUUCCCGUGCAGACGGUUGCCAACGGCGCCGGAAGUGAAGACGCUGCCUGGCUGCAAGGGGCGACAAAUUGUGCCAAUGCCCAGAUCAGCUCCAACAACUACUUCUUGAGCGACGAAUACCAGUCCACCCUGAACCGCACAAAGGGCUUCUACGCGGACAUGCAACCUUUCGUGAACCGGACCUACACCGAAUCCCAGACCAGCUUCAAGAACGCAUACACCAUCUUCGACCUGCUGAACGUGGCCAGCAUCCACAACGCCAGCGUCGCGCUCCCCGACGAUGCCGACUUCUUCCAACUCCGCACCCUGGCCGACCAACACGAAUGGGGCCUCGCGUACAACGAGAGCGAACCCAUCCGUGCCGUUACCGGCUCGAUCAUAGCCGCUCAGGUGGUCGAGGCCCUCAACGGCACCAUCGCGGGCAAGGGCAAGAACGUGUUCAACAUCCAGUUCGGCGCCUACGCCGGGAUGCUCUCGUACUUUGGCCUCGCCAACCUCACGGCCACCAGCCCGCUCUUCUACGGCGUUCCCGACUACGCGUCCAGCCUCGUGUGGGAGCUCGUGACGAACGCCACGGUGGGGAGCGGCGCCGCCUUCCCUUCGGCCGACGACAUCAGCGUCCGCUUCUACUUCCACAACGGCACCACCUCGAAUAUCAGCGAGCCGGUCGAAUUCCCCUUGUUCGGCACCAACCGCUCCCCGAUCCCGUGGUCCGAGUUCGUCGAGUUCUCGAACAAAUUCGCCAUCGGCUCGCAGGCCCAGUGGUGCAGCGCCUGCGGCAACUCCACCGGCGUGUGCAGCCCCAGCGCGCUGGGCGACGACAAUUCCACGGCCGUCGGAUCCUCCAGCUCCAGCUCGUCUGAGCAUCACGGCGGCGGUGGCAUCAGCAAGGCCGUGGCCGGCGUCAUCGGCGCCAUGGUCACCCUGGGGGUCAUCCUCGGUGCCGAACUCUUGAUCAUGUUGGUCGGCGGCCUCAGACUCGUCAGCAAGCGCAGGCUCGCCCGGACGGCGAGCAACGGAUCCAGCGGCGUGGCGAGUGCGGAUGCCCAUGUCAAGGCUUGA